CCGUCGCAGCCCUCCCACGCCCCUAUCUCCCGUGUGUUUCGUUUGCGCCGGUGCGCCCUCACAUCACUAGCGAAAUCUACUCCCGCUGCACAGCCCCCACCCGCGCGGUACGUCGCGCGAGAUGCAAUCUGCUGCCGCCAGGCUGCUCGCCGCGACCUCGCCGCGCAGCCCGCGCACCCACCUCCUCCUGCUCGGGCGCGGCCUCUGCUCCGCGUCGCCAGGACAACCGGAUCCGCGCCCCGGCCCUGGGCCCGGCCCUGGCCCCGACCCGGACCUGCAGCUCGUCGGCGCGCUCUGCCGCGUGCUGAGCGACUUCCGCGGCCCGCGGCACGACCUCUGCGCCGCGCUCCACGCCUUCGCGCCCCGCCUCACCCCUGCGGCGGCGGCGGCCGUCCUCCGCCGCUGCCGCAACCUGCCCGUGCCCUCGCUCCGGUUCUUCCUCUUCGCCGCCGCGGUGCCGGGCUUCACCCACCUCCCGGACUCGCUCCUCGUCCUUGCCGGCUCGCUCGCGGGCGCGCGGCUCUUCCCGCUGCUGCGCUCCCUGCUCUCGGACCUCCCGCGCUCCGCGCUCUCGCGGGACCUGUUCCCGCUGCUGUUCCGCUCGUACGCCCGUGCCAGCCUCCCCGACGACGCCAUCCGGGCUUUCUCUUCCAUGGAGGGGUUCGGGUUCCCGCCAACAGUUGCCGAUCUCCACUCCCUGCUCUUUGCAUUGUCGCAUAAUGGCCUGGUAGAGCAUGCCGAGGCCUUCUUUAGGGAUUCAGCGUCACAGUUCGGUCUCUCGGCAAAAACCUACACCAUCCUCAUCUCUGGCUGGGCUGUGGUCACAAAGCCGGAGAAUGCCCGGAAGCUGUUUGACGAAAUGAUUGAGAGAGGCAUCGAGCAUGAUGUGCCCGCAUAUAACGCGUUAAUUGAUGCCUUGUGUCGAGGAGGGGAUGUUGCGCUUGCACAUGAGCAGCUAAAAGACAUGCAGCGCCGCCACAAGCUUGUCCCUGAUGCUGCCACUUAUGGCCCGUUCCUUCGUUCUGCAUGCGCGUCAAAGGAUGCUCGAGCUGCUCUUCGUGUGCUAGAUAGGAUGCGUAUACACGACCUGACACCAAAUGUAUUCACGUAUAAUGCUGUCAUCCGGUUACUGUGCGACUUGGGAGAGAUUGAUGAGGCUUAUAAUAUCCUUAAUGAGAUGGCAGCCUGUGGGCAAAUGCCUGAUAUUUGGAGCUACAACACUCUGCUUAAUGCACAUUGUAAGCUGAAAGAGACUAACAUGGAUUCAGAGCCGUCAUCACAGAACCCAGCAGAUAUGACUGCAUUUGUGCAAAAUCUCCUUGGACAAAUGCAAACAAGGUUCGAGUCAAUGUCGCAGAACAUUGUGUCGAAGAUAGAUGAAAUGGGAACCAAGAUCGAUGAGCUGGAGCAGAGCAUCAAUGAUCUCAAAGCUGAGAUGGGCACGGAGAUGCCUGCCAAGAAGCCCGAUGAGGCAAAGCCUGCUGACUCUGCAUAACUUGGCUGUGAUCCAGAGACUGGCGAGUUUGUGACAGAUUUUUAGAGUUAUGCGAAUCUCAUUGUCUUCCCUGGACCAUCUGCAUUGCAUGAGUGUACUGUCAGCUUUGUAGACUGGAGCCAUCUUAUGAAAUACUGUAUCCAUAGUUUGGGCGCUCAGCUCUCUACAUUUGUGCAAAUUCAUUGGUGUUUCUUUCCCCUGUGAUCGCUCACCAACUAUUUGUUUGGCUUUUCUAAGUUGUUGAUGAAAAGGUGAUGUGCGAAA